UCUGCCUUCCAAUUUAGUCAUGCUUUCAAGGUUACAGAGCACAUGCAGCAUGUGAAAGUCUAUCAAAAUUUUUUGAGGAGUGCUCCCUCUUAGUGCGUAGAGAUAUAUCAUAUUGUUAUUUUCUAUUCAAGUGUGAGUGUUGAAAUAUGCGUUAACAUUUUUCUAACCUGAAAUUAGACUAUGCACUCAUGAAAGUCAUGCCUUUCUCUUAUUGGAAAGUUAUAUGGAACUUGCAUGGUUUUAUUGUAGGAGGCGGGUAGGAGGGGCUCAGAGCUUGAAGUGCUUGUUGUGCAGUGCUUAUGCUAAAUAAUUUAUAACAGUAAACUUUUAACUACUCUUUAUCCGGUCUGAACCCGCGCCUAGUGAUUAUCCUGGUCUAAAGGAAAGUGUCAUAUUUCAGGCACGUACCACUAGUUGAUUUGUUUUGUUCUUUCGCCAUCAUUGGUAUAGUUUCUCCUGAUUCGUUGAGUGCUUUAUUUAAUCCACACAGCUCUCUUUGGAGACUAAAAAAUCGCGAAAAAUUUUUUGUGCAUGCCAAUCUUUGCACUGGAAACUCGAUUUUAAGAAUAUCAGCUAGGAAGUGAUAAUCGGCGUGCUCGAGUAAACAAUAGCAAUUUUUAUGCUUGUCCCUUCUGAGGUAGCAAAAACACCGUUUUUUUUAUGAUUGCUCCCUCUUAGUGCGUCAAGAUAUAUCAUAUUGUUAUUUUCUAUUCAAGUGUGAGUGUUGAAAUCUGCGUUAACAUUUUUCUAACCUGAAAUUAGACAAUGCACUCGGGAAAGUCAUGCCUUUCUCUUAUCGGAAAGUUAUAUGGAACUUGCAUGGUCUGAACCCGCGCCUAGUGAUUAUCCUGGUCUAAAGGAAAGUAUCAUAUUUCAGUUUGUCGCACAAACAUCGUAAAAAAUGUCUGAAGAUAAAUCAACAAGUAGCAUGGAUGAAGCUACUCCUCCGUCUGUUACACGAAAGGAUAGUAACAGCGUUCGGUGGUCGAUGGCAGCUGAACGAGCACUUAACAUGAGGUUCAGUUCACAGGGAGAAGUAGAAAGCGGUAACAACGACGGGAUUACAGAAGAUACGCACACACGACAAAACAAAGGUCAAGAGGAUAUGGGUAGCUCAACUAAAACUGCGCGACGACGGUCAACCCAAAAACUUCUUGAAGAUAUCAAUCAAAAGAAAUUUGAUGAAUGGGAUCCGGAGCUUAGUAUCCAACUUUUGAAAAUCCCCAGCUUAGCCAACUAUUCCGGUUUUAGGAAGCUGAUUGAGAAUGCAAAACCCUCUUGGAUGGAAGAUUUCUUGGAGCGUGAUGGACUGGCAGUUUUGUUUGAUAGACUGGAAAAAUUAUCUACUGGCUUCAGCAUAACCAACGCCCUAUUUCAGUCAGAGGUGGCCUAUGCUAUUCGGGCCGUUGUUAAUUCAAAAAUUGGUUUGAAGUAUCUUCUCGCACAUCGCCAGUUCACUCGUCAACUGUUUAGUGUUAUGGCAACGAAGAAUAUUUUGGCAAAAAAACUCGUGUUGGAACUUUUCAGUGCUGUUUGCGUCUACUCUGACAGUGGACAUGAAGCCACCUUAGAUGCUCUCGACUAUUUCAAGAUGUCGAGAACAAAGUUGCAACGCUUCGCUAUUCUGGUAUCAGAGAUACUCACGGCCGAUACUGUUGAAUAUAAGGCAACUAUCUUGGGUUUCGUCAACUCUUUGAUAUUGGGAACAGAAAACAUUUGGACGCGGCACGCAAUACGUUCAGAAAUGAUUGGCUUGGGACUGCUUGACGCAAUUGAGAACGUGGAAAUGUCUGACAAUCCAGAAUUAUUUAUUCAAAUUCAAGUAUUUGAGCACCAUCACACAAAAGAUGAUGAUAAUCUGGAUCAAACGGACGUGAAAUCUUUGUUCGAUCUUUUUUCACUUUACUUCAUCAAAAUCAAAGACAAACCGCAGGCCUUAUCUCUUCAUUCAUUUCUUUCGAAUCUUAUACAGCUGAAUGUUGCUGAUCCGAUCAACUCGCGACUGUGGAAUCUACUUGAAAAAGUGACUGAAGAUGCUGUCAAGGGAAAUCUGUCGGAGUGGAGUAGAUACAGAAAUUUUACAAAACAUUGGCCGCAAACAAAUAUGAUUUCCGUUAACACACAAACGGAUGACGAAUUUUUAUCCGACAGCAUCUUUAUAAGUGAAGACGAAGAUUCCAUCAUUGACGGAAGUGUGAGAUCAGAAGCUAUAUUAAGCAAAAUACCUACUCAUCCUGUAUCUUCGAAACCAUCGCCUACACUUCCACCCGUGCCUCCACCCCUGCCUCCAACCCUGCCUCCAACCCUGCCUCCAACCCUGCCUCCAACCCUGCCUCCUACCCUGCCUCCUACCCUGCCUCCUACCCUGCCUCCUACCCUGCCUCCUACCCUGCCUCCUACCCUGCCUCCUACCCUGCCUCCAUCCCUGCCUCCAACCCUGCCUCCAACCCUGCCUCCAACCCUGCCUCCAACCCUGCCUCCAACCCUGCCUCCAACCCUGCAUUUACCGUUUAGUCCACCAUCACCCAUACAGCUGUCUGCCUUUGCUGACAGUUUUUCUAGUCAAUUACCGCCACCGCCACCUCCGCCUCCUCUGUCUCUUAGUUCAAAUCCUCCUCCACCACCACCGCUACCAAUAACCGAACCACCAUCCUUACCAAACAGCGCACUACCACCCUUACCCCCACCCUUACCCCCACCCUUACCAUCAACGUCACCACCACCCCUACCACCACCCCUACCACCAUCCACGCUGCCAUUGCCACCGCAACCGCCACCUUUACCGCCAUUGCCACCAUUCCCCUGCACUGGAAGUUCCAUAAUUCCACCACCUCCGCCGCCUCCACCACCUCAAAAUGAUACAGGGAAAGCAGUUGGAGGGGUUCUGCCUCCUCCUCGUUGUCCCUCUCUGGAUGGGUUAAUUUCUUCUGCCGUUGCAUCUACUAUAGAUUGCGCUUUGAAUCCCUUGAAACUCAGUACUAAAAUGAAAACCCUAAAUUGGAUAAAAGUUACCCGAGUGGAAGAUGAUUCCAUAUGGAAGGAAAUUAAUGCAACGAUUCGGGUAAAACCGCCAGUUAGCUUGCGUCUACAACAAAUUGAGGAACUUUUCUGCAUGAAACCAACUCCUGCUCUUUCGUCUACAACAAAAACUAAAGGCUUUGGCGGCUUGAAUAAACAAAUGACUCACUGUCUCUUAGACAGCAAACGCAGCCUAGCAGUCAACAUAUUCCUUAAGCAGUUCAAAAUCCCCAUCACAGAAAUUGUGAAUCGCAUAAAUCAAUGUGAUGAACAUUUUUUUACUACCGAACAUCUUAGUUGUCUCCAAAAAAUUCUACCGGAUGCAGACGAGAUUUCUACGUUGCUGAACUACAAAGGAGACGUAACCAAUGUUGGCCCAGCUGAACAGUUUCUUCUAUGUCUGUUGGCUCUUCCGGAAUAUUCUGUGAAAAUCAAAGCCACUAUAAUGAAAAUAGACUUUCAUCCGUCCAUGUCAGAGUUGGAACCUCCUCUAAGGCUUCUUCUGGCCACCUGUCGCAACCUUCUCGCCAACAAGUCACUUCAAGAUUUCUUGGCAGUUGUACUUCAGCUUGGAAAUUGCCUAAACAGUAAUAGCUAUGCCGGCAAUGCCGUCGGAUUCAAACUAAGCGCUCUGCAGCAGCUUACUGAUUUACGAGCCAAUAAGCCUCGCAUGACCCUCCUUCAUUACAUUGUGGACAUUGCUUUGAAAGAAAACCCAGCUCUGUUAGACUUCACUGUCGAAUUGUCAUCCGUUAAAGAAGCAAGUCGGUUGAGUCUCGAGACAAUGACUGCAGAACUUCGAGAAUGGAUCUCACGCAUUAGUGAACUACAGAAGCAGUUGUUACCUGCAAAAGCCGGUCUUACAGAGUUCAAGAAUGAUUUUCUUGUGAAAGCUAAAGAAAAAGUUCUUUUAUUGGAGCAACUGCUGGUAGAAAUUGACAGUGCUUUUCGCUCAGUUGCCAUUCAUUUCAGUGAAGACCCGACGAAACUGAAGCUCUCUGAAUGCUUUGGUAUUUUCUCGGAAUUGAUUAACAAAAUUGAAAUAGCUCGCAAAGAGAACGAAACGCGCCAGAAACAAGAAGAACGUGCGGCACGAUUGGCUGAAGAAAAAGCCAUUUUGGCAGCAUCCCCACAAGGCUCCGUCAGUCGAUCACCAGGAAAGAAGAUAGCGUCUGGGAAAUGGUCUUCUGCCGACGACGAUAUUUGCAUCGUGGAUCGUCUUUUGGGGGAAAUUCGCCGUGGGGAAUUCAAACUGAAAAAAUCGAGGCGUGGAUAAUGCAAACAAGCUAAGUUUUUUUUUUUUUUUUUAUCAGUUUUGCAUGUUUUUUGUCAGUUAUUCUCUCUAAGGUUAAGUUUUCAUCGUGACAUUUGAUGUCACAGAAACUAGUUUUGCGAUUUAUGCCGUUAGAAUUUCUUAACUGCUUAAACUGCCAAAAAUAGAGAAGGUGCCUAAACAAAGGGACAUUCGUAGAGUAAAAUCAGAAAUUAAGUUUGAGAUAAUGUUAAAUGGUUCGUUGAAAGUGACGACGUACUUGGUACGUUUAGUAGCAUGAUCAAUAGCGUUCAAUUGCGGAUGUCUACGAUACGGCAAGAUGAAUAACCGAAUCAUCUUUCGAACAUCCAAACAUUUCUUAUUACAUUGCGCAUUGAUAAUAUCAUAGAGCUUUGCGUCUUCUGCAUUAAACCUCCAUGACAAGCUUGGACCAAUUUUUAGUUUCAUAUCUUUCCUUUUAUUUUCCCUAAUGCUCUCGGUGUUAUCACAACAACAAAAAAGAAAUACAAGACAAAGGCAAACAAAAUUUUACCCUCCAGAACUCCAAGAUCAAAUUGUCAAUCGAUAUUUGACGAGACGAACAAGAAAUGGAGAGCUUUGUUGACAGCAACAUUUUUUAGUUGUUCACAUGGCAUCCUUUGAACUUCACCGACGUGGUUUGGCGAGAACGGUGAGAGUGACUUCGAUGUACACGGUUAUCCUUAAAACUGGAAUAAUUAAAUGUUCCACUCAGAGUUUCCCACCACUGUUAACUCUUUCUUCCAUAAUCCGGUUCUCCUGGCGUAUCUGCUCGAGAUCUAUUUGCAGUUGUCUAAGUUUGGGAACGAUGUUACGUCGUAACUCGGUUUCGGCCUAAUUACAUUAAAAAUUCCAAUUUAAUGACUAUAGCAAACAUCCAUAUAGCUGAACAUACUUGCUCUUCCAAAUCUUUGAUCUCUCGAGACAAGUUGCCAGAUUCCUUUACUAGUCUUUGGAUAUCAGAGCAAUCUGUCUGCAGUGAAAUUAAAAACUUGUAUAUCCGUCUCGCCGCCUCAUCCGACUUGGCCACCUAACAAAAAAGAAGAGUUUAUAAAUAAAGCCAGUCUUAUGAACGCUGAUUUUUUUUAAAUGACAGUUAAGGACUCGCUACCCGAAAUAUUAUUUCAUCCGUUACGGUAAAAGUACGCUCAACUUUCCCUUGUAUCGAAUUAAUUUCACGCUGUACACUUUUCACAUCCUCGAGCACCCGAUGCAUUUCCUCGUUUUGCUUUUUGACAUUGGCCACAAUACUCAAUAUUCUCUGUGUGUAGAAUGUUCUGUUGAGAAAAAGGCAUAGAAAAGGGCUUUUAUGUCACGUGAUUUGAAUGUGUUUCGUUACCUUGUCAAGACCGACGAAGGCAUAGAUUCGAUAUGCGUUUGUAGCUUCUCUAUAGCGUCUUCUUUUGUACGAAUUUCCUUAACGACUUGCCUUAAAGAAAGCACUGUGUUCUCAAGCUCAGCUUUAAACUUCUCUGCUAUGCUCUAGGGAGAAAAACAAGUUUUUGAGAAAGUGAAUUGCAACCCAGAUUAAAGCACGAAAUCGUAGAUGAAAAAGGGGAAGGGAUAUACGUUUUCUUGAAGCUGAAGGCAUCUCUGGUACUCAUCAUCUAAAGGUUUCUUAAUUUUUGACCACUGCUCUUCAAGUGCAGCAAUUUUUUCUUUAUUUGAUUCCAGUAGAGAUUUCAUACGGUGCAAGUGCGCCGGUGCAUCUGGAAGAAGAGCGUGUAGCUUUUCCUGUCUAUCUAACUCGUUUCGUAGAGCGUCCUGCUCGGUCUCUUUACACUGGAUAAUGCAUUUUAGGUUGGCAACUUCCUCUGUUGCAUCGGCGAGCUCUUCUUGUCGCAACUGUAGGUCACGUUCUAGAUUCUCCAUAACGAUAUUUAGUUUUUGGCAUUGCUCUUCUAUAGUAGGAAGUCCCUCGGUUUUCGGUGCUCCGCCCAAAUGUGAAGGUUUUGGAGGUGGUUGGGGUUUUUUCUUUUUCUUAUCGAUAUCCUAAUAGGGUGGGGGAAAAUAUAUGUCUAUCUAAAAAUAUUCUGCAACUGCUUCUAGUAAAAUCAACUAACCGUAAAAUUUAGUAAACGAACCAGAGAAAACCUUGAGCUCUGUGCAGGCGACAGAAACUCCUGUUCCCUUUUGAAGUUGCUACCUUUCUCGAUUGGAAACUAGAAGAGAUCAAAUACAAAAAUUUAUGUUUGGAAGCCAACUAAAAAUAGAGAAACAAGGGAAACCUUAUAUUGGUAUUUGUCUGCUGCCAACUCUGAGAUAUGUGUUUCUAUUAAAGAUGGUAUUAAUUGAAUGGUAGGUACUGAUGACAGCUUCAGCAAAUGGUGUCUGCCACUUGUAUUGACAGCUUAUGUAAAUUUUAAGACAAUAUCCACAUUUAAUAAAACAUAAAAAUAAAACUACAUUCAAUAACAAUACCUUUUGAUAGAUCGGUUGAGUGGAAAGGAAAACUAUUACCACUAGAAGGGUUGCUAAAGUAAGGCAACCAUGGUUGGUGAAGUUGUCUUAGAAUAUCAUUCUGUAUUUUCCCCAUGGUACAUGCAAAGGGAUCUGAGUCAAUUCAAUCAGUUAAACCAAAUAAAUGUGUUAUCUUGGAAUAUUGAGGCUUACCCAUAAUUGAAUCUGCUAUAGGUUGUUCAUUCACUUUAGGUAGUUUCUGUAUAAGAAUGGCAAAAACAUUACGAAUUUCAGCCUGGCUACCAUGCAAGAAAGUUUCAUAACCAAGAUCUCCUUUGUAUCCUGCAACUUCCUGAAAUUGGAAAACCCAACUAAUACAACAUCCACCUUUUGAAUAUUUUAUUUCAAUCACCUUGCAGGCCUUUGCUAUUUCCAUGCAUAGUUUAUAACGGGCAGGAAGAUUUGGUGGCAUCCUGUGGUUGAGUUGUAAAUCGGGAUGGAUUGAAACAAGACACUUAACAACACCUUCAAUCACUAUUUCUGUUGUAAAAUGGGCAAUGGAUGUGACAUCAUCUUCAAUAUCACUUCAGAAAUAGUUGAAGUCAGUAAGAGACGAGCUCUGCAUGUGGCCGAUCACAGCCUGCGGCGCAACUUGAGGUAUUUCUGGUGUGAUUCAACCUGCCUAUGAGCGGUGGUUUAUUUCAUUUCACAGUUGUUUAAACAGUCAUACGUGCCGGAUGAAGUCAAAAGAAGGUCUAUAAUUCUUUGAGGCUGACAUAACUUACUUUGUCAUCGAUUGUAAGUUUUCAUUGAAGUCAGUGUUCGAUUUGACAGUCAUAGCAAAAGUUAGUCUGAGCGGACGUUUCGCAUAACCAAUUCUAGGAAGAGAGAAAAAAAACGAGACCGCCCUUGGGUUGACCUAUACAUCCGACGUAUGUACGCGUUCCAUCCGAGAGAAAGAAAAAAUGGAUUCUACUGACGGAUCACAACAAAGGGGGAUGGAAGACGAACGGGGUAUUCUGAUUCCCGUUAAUGUUUUUGAAAAACUGAUCUCCGUAAAUGAAUCAAACAAAGAAGAAUCUACCAACAAUGUUUCUGACGAGGUUCCCGAAAACCGGUCACGGUCACUGAAAGAAGUUGAAAUUGGGACGAGCGUUGCCCCGGGGGCAGGGGACAGUGGAGUACCUAUUGAGACUGAAAGAGAAAGUGAGUCCAACAUAGCACUUGUAUACAAUACUCUUGAGGAAACUGAAGACCAUGAAAAAAUUCAACAAGAUUUUAUACGAAUUCACGAACGUACUCCUGAUCAAGAGGUACCAUUCAAAGACACCUUAGACCUUGAUAAUGUAACUGAAAUCGAAACAUCAAACGAGGCCUUAGCAGCAAAUGGAUUUACCUACGCCCAAACAGAGGCAGAAAAUGAAAACAUGGUAGGAAUGAACAUCAAAGUAGGGGAGACAACUGAUAAUGACCAUUUAGAAGGGAGUAUGCCUACCACACUCUUGGUCGUGGGAAAAGGGAGUGAAGAAAAUUAUGAAACCGUUAACCCGGAAGAAUUGGAGGCGGUUUCAAUUCCAGAAUCUGAGAGCACAACGGAUCUUCCUGUAUUUGAAAGUGAUGCCAAAAAUGAUGAUGUCUUAAAGUACAACAUUGAGCUAAAGGGGAUGGCAGAUAAAUCAGACCAGAAGGACGGAGAAGAUAUCAAUCGAGAAAACAUUCAACCAAGUGAGACGGAAAAUAUUGUAUCAGUCGCUGUAAUGGACGAUUUUGAUAUUGAGAGAACCAGUUUGUCGAUGACCGAAGCGGAUGUUAACGAAGAGAUCGAAAGAAACGAAGAAAAGGUUUUAGAGAUGAACAUUCGAAUAGAAGAAGCUAAGAUUAAUCAACAGGAUGCUGAAAAAGAAAAGGAACCCAUCACGCUCAGUGAUCAAGAAAAUUGUCCCGAAAUGGUUGACCUAUUAGAGACGCCCAUUCAACUCGAAGAAUUGUCCUCUGUCCAGCAAGGCGGAGUUUGUAAAACUUCAGAUUUGUUGGACACUAGAGAAACUGAGUCAGUAAAAAAAGUUGACUUCAUUACUUCGCAAAUUGAUAAAAUGAAUGAAGCUUUAGCGCCUACCGAUGAAGAAGACGACACUGCGACUAAAGUAGAGAGAUUGCCCGUGACUAAUCCUGCAGAUUUGUCGUUGCCAUUUGUUCCGAAUGAGUUUGAAGCAGCUAUAGAAUUUAUCGAUUCAGAAACUCAAGAAUUGCAAAAAGGUCCCCUCAUCUGUGACGAUCACCCUACCGAAACUCUGGCAGGUAUCGUGAGUGAUGCUUCUUUAGCUUCCGAUUCGAAAAGGCUCCUCAGCGAAGAAGAUCCCCUUGCGCAUGAAGAAGAUCCCCUUGCGCAUGAAGAAGAGGAGGCCAUCCCAGUGGUCCCUUGUCAGCCCUCACAGCAUCUGAAAACGAGCACCUCUCACCUUGGUGAUUGUUCAAAUGACAACAUUCUUGGAUCAAGCUCAGAUGCGAUCAAAUCAAGUGGAAGAACACGUAUUAGGAAGCCAGAAUGGAUGAGAAGGUCGUUGGUUAGAAGUGGCUCAGUACGGCGAUUGUUCGGUCGUAUGAGAUCAAAGCGCUUUGAUCACGAUCAACUCCCAGUGACCACAACAACAGAACAGGGGCCUCCACGACGUCCCUUUCGUCAAAUGAUAGUUGAUUUUUUGUUAUUACUAUUUGAAUCGUAAAAUGUUGAACGUGGAAGACAUAAUUUUUGUAUCGUAUUUUUUUUAUUAUUAUUGUGAUGGCUGAAUUAUAUUUAUUAGAACAGCUAAA